CCGCUCGCCUGCAGGCGCGGAGCCGCCGCCCCCGGCUCGGCAGGCUGGGCGGGCGCUGUCGCGCGGCGGCCGCGGCCCUCAGAGAACCGUGGCGACGGGCGGCGGCAUGGACUACCUGACCACGUUCACCGGCAAGAGCGGCCGGCUGCUGCGGGGCACGGCCAGCCGCCUGUGGGGUCUCGGCGGCGGCGGAGGCGGCGGCGAAGCUCGGCAGGUGCGCUUCGAGGACUACCUGAGGGAGCCGGCUCCGGGCGACCCCGGCUGCGGGCCCGCCGAGCAUCGGCCGCCCUCGCCGGUCAGCCCCGAGGGACCCGACACUGGCCAAAAGAAGAACCAAGACAAGAAAGAUGGACGAAGGAUGUCUUUCCAGAAGCCUAAAGGAACUAUUGAGUAUACUGUUGAAUCAAGGGAUUCUUUGAAUAGCAUAGCCCUGAAAUUUGAUACCACACCGAACGAGCUUGUUCAGUUAAAUAAGUUAUUCUCCCGAGCUGUCGUGACUGGGCAGGUUUUAUAUGUUCCUGAUCCUGAAUAUGUCUCCAGUGUUGAGAGCUCUCCAUCUCUGAGCCCAGUAAGUCCUCUGUCGCCGACGUCCUCCGAGGCUGAGUUUGAUAAAACCACUACUCCUGAUGCUGUCCAUCCAAAAGAAGCACCUCCCUCAUCUACUGCCAGCAGUAUUAGGCCUGCAAGAGUUGUGUCUUCAACUUCUGAGGAAGAAGAAGCAUUUACUGAGAAAUUUCUCAAAAUUAAUUGCAAAUAUAUCACCAAUGGCAAGGGCACCGUCAGUGGCGUGCUGCUAGUCACACCAAAUAAUAUAAUGUUCGAUCCACAUAAAACAGACCCCUUGGUUCAAGAGAAUGGCUGUGAGGAGUACGGCAUCAUGUGUCCAAUGGAAGAGGUGAUGUCAGCUGCCAUGUACAAAGAAAUUUUGGAUAGCAAAAUAAAGGAGUCCUUGCCCACAGAACUAGACCAGUUGUCAGGAAGGGACUUCUGCCAUUCUAAGAAAAUGACAGGCGUUGCUGCUGAGGAAACGGACUCGCGAGCCCGCGACCCGGGUAAUGACAGCGCCAGCACAGCUCCCAGGAGCACCGGGGAGUCUCUCUCCGAGGACGUCUUCUCCGAGUCAGAACUCUCUCCCAUCCGGGAGGAGCUCCUCUCCGAGCCGCGGCAGGAUAAGUCAUCCGACGCGUCCUCAGAGUCUGUGCAAACCAUCAGUCAGAUGGAAGUGGAGUCGGUGGCAGUCAAGUCAGAGUCUCCUAACAUUCCUGACCACGUUAACUCCAAUACUGAACAUUCUUCAAACCAAGAGGCUUUAUCUCAUGAAACUGAUUUAAGUAGUCUUGAACUCGCCACUAAGGAAGGAGAUAAGGCUACAGAAAAACUUGAAGUCUCAGGCCCCAAAGAGCAAAGCAUAGAUGUAAAAAGUCAUGGUGACCGGGAUUCUUCUUUCCGUCAUGAAAAUUCACUACAGCAAGAGGGAGGAGAAGGGAGUGUACCUUCUGGAGAAGCAGUGGAACUUAAGGAAAAGCAAACUGUUCAGAAGGAUAGACAGGGGAAAGAGCAAAAGCGGGACUCAGAGACUGAAGUAGAGGAGCUGCGUAAACUCUGGAAAAGCCACUCGAUGCAGCGAGCCAAGCAGCAAAGAGACAGCAGCAUCCAGCAGGCGUCCCAGAAAGAAGGGAAACAUCAAGGGGCACCCGUGGAUGGACGUGUGGACGGGUCUUCACUUCUAAAGGAUAAGAGAAGGCAUCGAUUACACAAAUUCUUGUGUCUCCGAGUUGGAAAGCCGAUGAGGAAAACCUUUGUGUCUCAGGCCAGUGCUACCAUGCAGCAGUAUGCACAGAGAGAUAAGAAACAUGAAUAUUGGUUUGCAGUGCCCCAAGAAAGGACAGAGCACUUGUAUGCCUUCUUCAUUCAGUGGAGUCCGGAAAUCUAUGCAGAAGAUACUGGUGAAUAUACCAGAGAGCCUGGGUUCAUAGUCGUCAAGAAGAUUGAGGAGUCUGAAGCAAACGAAGAUCCUGCAGCUGACGCAGCAGCCAGAGAGUGGGAGGUAGUGUCAGUGGCCGAGUACCACCGCAGGAUCGAUGCGCUAAACACUGAGGAGCUGCGCACACUCUGCAGACGUCUCCAGAUUACUACAAAGGAAGACAUAAACUCAAAGCAGUCUACCCCAGCGAAAGCAGACCUGGAGUCUGAAUCUUUCCGACCAAACCUAAGUGACCCCAGUGAACUCUUACUGCCCGAUCAGAUUGAAAAGCUUACGAAGCAUCUUCCACCAAGAACCAUUGGCUAUCCAUGGACACUUGUGUAUGGUACUGGGAAGCAUGGCACAAGUUUGAAGACCCUUUAUAGAACAAUGGCAGGCUUAGACACUCCGGUGCUGAUGGUGAUUAAAGACAGUGAUGGACAGGUCUUUGGUGCACUAGCAUCCGAGCCAUUUAAAGUAAGUGAUGGCUUCUAUGGCACUGGAGAAACCUUUGUUUUUACCUUCUGUCCAGAAUUUGAGGUUUUUAAGUGGACAGGAGAUAAUAUGUUUUUUAUCAAAGGAGACAUGGAUUCCUUAGCAUUUGGUGGUGGAGGCGGAGAAUUUGCCCUUUGGCUUGAUGGAGAUCUCUACCAUGGAAGAAGCCAUUCCUGUAAAACGUUUGGGAAUCAUACGCUUUCUAAGAAGGAAGAUUUCUUUAUCCAAGACAUUGAAAUCUGGGCUUUUGAAUAAAUGCAGUGCUCUCGGUCUUAGCAGGACAUCAGCCCAAACCUGAACUGACAAAGCAUUGUUUGGAAUGUUCAAGAAGCAAUACAAUUAACAUGUCACUGUGCUUUCUAGUCAGUCAUUUGCCAUUUACUGCAGCUAUAAUUUUGGAGUUUAUUUUUCGAAUCAUGUUUCUGUCCCAGAGCUCUUCUGUUCGCACCAUGGCCUGGGUUCCCGCAGUAUGACAGCUGGGUGGAGUUUGGUCAGCAUAUUGCAGCAUUUUGAUCAUGGAGGCCACCACAUUUUCAGUUCCUGUUCUCUCAGUCUCCCAGUUGAAUGGUGCUCUGUUGUUCAGCUUUUUUUUUUU